UUUCCUGCCACCUUCAUGACUAGACUGUCAUCACUUCUUUUAUACUGUACUAGACUCGACUGUACUGUACUGUGCUGAACUACGGGAUGGAUACAUCAGAGAUUAGUUUGAUAGACCUAUUCGUUACUACAGACCACGUCAUACUGAGUCGAGGGCAGAGCUCUGUGUGGUGCUGUAAGAGAUCAGGAGAGCUGUUACUAGGCUCAGAGUUUGAUGCAAACCAUGCUGAGUCUACAUCUCAUCAUGGGCCAGUGUGGGGAUGUAUCGGAAAGAUAAGAUUUUUCACUGAUGGAGAAUGGAAGUUGCUGCUCAUCACUCAAGCCACCUGUGUGGGCACCUUGCCUCAGGGGGGUAAGGUGUACUGUGUGGACAAGAUCACCAUUAUCCCCUUAACAACCGAACCAUCUGUUGAGAUUGUCGGACUUGAGGCUUCUGAAAAAUUUGAAAAGCCAGCAGUGUUCAUAUCACUGCCGGGAUUGGGGGUGGAGCUUAAUGACAUGGCAACAGGGUCAUCUACCGGUCGCCCCUCUUCACCUACAUUUAAAGAGAAGUUCAUGAGCUUUGUGACUGAUUCUGAGAAACCCAAGGAACUCAAGGACAGAGAGAAAGUAGAGAAGAGGCUAACAGAGGCCUUACUGGGGAUGUUUAAUGAUUCGCGAUCCUUCUACUUCUCCACCGACUUUGACCUGACACAAAACCUCCAGAGGAAGACUGAGCAGAGCAACAAUAAACAUCUGCCUCUGUGGAAAACUGUGGAUGAACGCUUCUUCUGGAACAAGUGGAUGCUAACAGAUCUUAUAGAGAACUAUCAGGGUGAUGUUUCGGACGAGUGGAUACUGCCUAUCAUCCAAGGCUACGUUGAGAUCCGUCAGAUCCCUAUCACCACAAAGGACACCCCCGACAUCUUGCAGCCAGGCUGGAACAAUAAGUAUGCUGAGAAGAGGAUGAGCUUGACCUCUGACCUUGAUUUUGGACUAACUACUCUGUCCUCCUCUGACCUCGCUCUAAAAGAACAAGACUCUCUGAACACCAUUCAGUCCGAGUUGUCUGGGUCUGGUUAUGAGACAGACAGUGAGAGCGACGGAGACAGUGACCAACAAGAAGACAUUGACAAGUUGAUGAUGAGGGAUAUGAACGAAACUGAUCAAGAAGUGAUAAUAGAGAGAGUUUCAGAGGCAGCUACUCAACACUUAGACCAGGCACGUGAGGAAAUACCAGAAAUAAAGGAUAAGAGGUCUGAAAAAGAACAAGAUGAUCUUAUAGCUCCUGAGAUAUUGACCUCUGAGGCGAGCAAAGUUACUAUAGUGAUUGAUGACGACUGUCAAGCUGAGGGGGAGAAACCUGUCCCUUCCUUAUCAUCUCUCUGUGAAGACCUGUUGAAGGAUCGUCUUGGAGACCAAACUAAUGGGCUGACACCCAACAGACUUAGACCCGAAUCAGACCUGUCUAACUUCGAAUCAGACUAUUUUGCAAGCUCCUCAGCUCGUGCUAGUGAGGAGGAGGGGUGGGUAUCUGUGAGGAAAGAGGGGAUGUUGAGUGAAAGGUCUGCGGGGGAGGAGGAGAGUCCAUCCCCCACAUUCACACUGGCCAUCGUAUCCAGGCGAAGCAGACACAGAGCAGGCACCCGUUAUCGACGGAGAGGUGUGGAUGAGACUGGUAACGUGGCCAACAAUGUGGAGACGGAGAUGUUGGUUCAGUGUGGUGCUCAUGUGGUGUCCUACGUCAUCGUGAGGGGAUCAGUCCCGGUUUACUGGACACAGCCCGGGUACAAGUACAGACCACUCCCCAUCAUUGAGAGCAAUGAUGAGGAUACUCAGAAGGCAUUUCAAAAACAUUUCGACACUCAACUGAAUCUUUACCAGGAAAUGGUUGUGGUGAAUCUUGUGAAGCAGUCGGGAAAAGAGAAGGUGUUAUCGGAUGCCUAUGAGAAGCAUAUUCUGGAAAUGAAUAAUCCAAAGAUCACCUACAUUGUGUUUGAUUUCCAUCAUCACUUUAAGACCAGGCAGAGUACUGCACUGAAGCUUCUGCUCAGAAAAACUCAAGACAUCACAAGGAAAAUGAGAUUCUGUUGGUUAGACAUGGACCAAUCAGUCUCUGAUGACAACGACCCCUCGGGCAGUGUGCUGUGCAGGCAGGAGAGCGUCUAUCGAGUCAACUGUAUGGACUGUCUGGACAGAACCAACGUCACACAGUCUGUGUUCGCCAGAGAUGUGCUACAGACUGCACUUCAGAAGCUGGGAGUGAUUCCUUUUGAGGAGAGGCUGGAGGGCUCCACGCUUACCUCCUUUAAGGAGAUGUGGGGCAACAAUGGUGACAUUGUCAGCAAACAGUACACUGGCACUGUGGCCAUGAAAGGUGACAUCACUCGGUACGGGGAGCGCAAACUGGCUGGACUAAUGAAAGACGGCUACAACUCUGCCCAGCGUUACUACAUGAACAUCUUCAGAGACACCUACAGACAAGUGCUCAUCGACUUGAUGCAGGGAAAGAGUCCGGUGGAGGCCUUCUCCUCCCUGCCCAGCUCCAUGCAGGGCACUGACGAGAUGGAUGAUAUGCACACAGAGCUUCCACAAGUCACACCCACUUUGACUGCACCCACGUUUGAAGUAGGGCCUGAGGAACAACUGCCAAUGAGUGUUCUGUACAAGGAAGAGGCUGUGCUGGACAUAGUGCAGCACUGUAAAAAGGAGGUGUUCCCUAACAAGAGCCUGCACCUGCAAGCAUGGGCCCUCAUGGAGGCAGCUGGUCACAGUCUGGUCAACUCCUCAACCAAAGAGGAGCUAUGCAUCCUCAUCCAGUGCAGGGAGAACUCACAACUCACCUUUGUCAGCUACAGCAUGGAGGUAGAGCAGGUUGUGUGUCUCCUAAGAAUACCUAUGGACAAUAUCACCAAGAUAGUGAUUGGCCCCCUGGGCAUGGUUCAGCUGCGUAGCUCUCGUAGACUGCACAUGAGAAUCUACUACUCCUUUGAGGACACCACCUACUACCUCACACUCAGAACAGUCUCGUCCAGCCCCACUGAGGAUGACAAAGCUGUGUUGCUAGGCAUUGCUGAUGCUCUCUCCUUCCUGCAACCUGGCAUACAAGUAUCUGAACACAAACUGCCCAAAAAGAAGAGUCCAGAACAUUAUGGUAUUGUCUACCUGAUGGUCUCUAACUCGUUUGUGAAGAGUCUUGACGAGCAACAGUCCAAUAAUAUCAGCAGUGAAGGUCAUGUGACAUGUGCCGUAACAACUGAACUUUCGAGGGUACCUUCAAACGAAAGUUUUGCAAGUGACACUAAAUAUGCUGAGCUGGAAUCAGAACAAUCUUCUAUUGGCUAUGAGAAACCAUUGAAUGCACGAUGUCGUAGCUGUGAUGAUAUUCUGUCCGCCACCACGCUCUCUCCCACCAUCCCCAUGGUAACAGUCUCGCGUCCUCUAAACCCAACGGGAUCUUUGAAUAUUGCCAAUGGGCUACGCCAGUCAAAUUCCGACUCUCGACUUAGAGAAACAAUUGAAGACAGUGGUACAAUGAAAAGAGCUUCAUCUGAUACAAUGCUCAGCUCCAUAGAAGAAGAUACAAUGGAAGAACGAUUCACAAAAUUCACUGGGAGGUUAUUUCAGAAUCUACUUAAAGUUGGGAAGUCUUUGAAACAACGCACGUCUCCAACCAAACACAAGAUUACAGUUGAUGAUAUCGAGCCUCAGAUUAAUGAAACUGAAAGGAAAGAAACUAACAAAGACUCUGAUUCCAAGCGCCCCAAGAAGUUACAGCGAUUUAGAACUAAGGCGGGUAGUGGCAGGUCCAUUCCGCAAAACGAGCCGUCUGAAGAGGAGGUUGUAAAGAACGAAAAAAGAGCACAGUCAAAGAGCAAGAUUAUAAUUGUGUGACACUUACUUUUUAGCUGGACUAUUUAUUUUGAUAUCUGAUACAAUGUAAAUACUCCAUCAUAAUACUGUAGUUUUUUAUAAUUAUAAUUCAUGUUUCAUUGCUUUUAGGAAACUUUUUAUGUACAAGUCAUGUUCAAUUUCUAUUCAGUACACUAGUUUUAAACUUUCUCUGUCAUUAUUUAACAAAUUCUAUAUAUCAGG